AUGGCACGCCUGUUGUUCCUUCGCCCCGUCCUGCUGGCCGCCGCCGCCUGCUUGUCGGUCUGGAUGAUCUCCAACGCCGGCGUGGCGGAGGCGGGCUUCGGCUACCACUGCGACGACGACAACGGCAACGACUGCAAGAGCCGCGUGGCGUCGAUCGUGACGGAGAAGCUAUACGGCGACAUGUUCAAGCACAAGGACGACGCCGCGUGCCCGGCGCACGGCUUCUACAACUACACCACCUUCCUGCGCGCCGCGGCGCGGUUCCCGGAGUUCGGCCGCGACGGCGACGCCGCCACACGGAAGCGAGAGGUGGCGGCGUUCCUGGCGCAGAUCUCGCACGAGACGACGGGCGGGUGGGCGACGGCGCCCGACGGGCCCUACGCGUGGGGGCUCUGCUUCAAGGAGGAGAUCAGCCCGCCCAGCAACUACUGCGACGCCAGCAGCACGCGGUGGCCGUGCGUCCCCGGCAAGUCGUACCACGGCCGGGGCCCCAUCCAGCUGUCGUGGAACUUCAACUACGGGCCGGCGGGGCAGGCGCUGGGCUUCGACGGGCUGGGCAACCCGGAGGUGGUGGCCGCCGAUCCGGAGGUGGCGUUCAAGACGGCGCUGUGGUUCUGGAUGACGCCCCGGGCGCCCAAGCCGUCGUGCCACGAUGUGAUGGUGGGGCGGUACCGGCCUACCGACGCCGAUGUCGCGGCCAACCGGAUGGCGGGGUUCGGGCUCACCACCAACAUCAUCAACGGCGGCAUCGAGUGCGGUAAGACCGGCGUCCCGCAGGUGGACGACCGGAUCGGCUUCUUCCGGAGGUACUGCGAGUUGCUCGGCGUCGACGUUGGGCCCAACUUGGACUGCGCUCAGCAGCAGCCUUACUCUUCGUAA